AUGUCUGAGUUCGAGAGGUCACAGUUUGUUUGGAUACUAGAAGAAUGUGACGGAAAACCCCAGUGUGCUCUUGAUACCUCUCACAUUCAGCAUAAAUCAAUCAGCUUCUACUGUCAAGAUUUUGUAGAUAAAUGUGAAAAUGACAACUUUACCAAUGCUGUUCUCAAACAUAAUACGGUAAACGAUUUGGAAGUACAAUAUCGGUGUGACGUCAGAGAAAACUUUACUGCGUUCCUAAAGUCACUUGUCUACGAUUGUGAGGCGGGACGUUUACUGACACGUGGUAAUCUAACGCUACAGUGUCAGAAAGGGGGACAGUGGUUUGGGGAACCUCCAGUUUGUAAUGUCACCUGUCAGGAUCCUUUCCAUGAAAACAGUACCACCCUUUGUGAAACAAGUCCGUUUCCAAUCUUUUUUGAGGGAUAUAAUGUGACUUACACGUGUAGGAAAAACCAUCGUCAUUCUGGUGGGGAUCUAAUCAGAAUUUGUAACGGAAGUGGAAAGUGGACAGGAAAGAAGCCUGUUUGUAAACGCUGCAAAUGUCCUUGUGACAGGGUCCGAUCCCAAAACUUCAUCAAAGAUCCAGUGGUCCUUCAGAAUCGCAUUGACAAAUUGAAGAAAGAGCUGAAAGUAAAAAUGGAAAAACUCUCCUCAACAUUGAGGAGGAAAACAUGUGCCAAGGACGAAAGGCAGUCUUCAACCUUUGUCGGCUCCGUCCUCGGAGGAGUAAUUAUCACAUUUGUUGUGGUCAUCAUUGUAUUGAGUGACAUACCAUUGCUCCUCAGACAAAUCCGCUAUGGACCUUAGAUGUUAUCACUGUU